AUGGAUUUAAUGCCAACCCCAUCCACCUCGACCUUGUUCUACGAACCUAUCGUGCCUAGUAUAAUAUCACCGCCAGGUUUGAGGAGGUUCGAUGAUCAGGAUCUGUUGGCAGUGACAAGCUGCGCCCGAGCUGCGAGAAAUAAGGUCAAUAUGGCAAGGGAGAGGUUGGACACACGAGAUGCGGACGAGAUAUUGUUGAGUCGGCUACCUUUAUAUCAGAAUAGGUAUGGCUAUAAUUUGAAAUUUCAAAAAAUGAGGUAGGGUAGGGUAAGGUAGGGUAGGGUCUCUAUUUUAAUUUUUUGAACUAAAAAAUGACUUUUCAGGAUAGAGCACCCCUACAAACAAGGUGCAAUAUACUGUCGGUCAGGUGGGUGGAUUGAGAUUUUGGACGAGCGAGCUGAUUUAAAGUCAAGGCCAGGGUCUUCUGGUAGUCAGCAUGAUUGGAUACGGGGUACUAAACGGGAAACUAGCAGAUUUGGUAAGUUUUUUUUAUUUUUUUCAAAUUUCAUGCCGUAUUUUACAAAAAAUUUUUUGAAAAAAUCAAAAUUUAAAAAAAAAUUUUAAUUUUUUAAAUUUCAGCAAUAUUGGAGUUCAUUUCGAUAGCCUUCGGCCUGAUAAGCAUACGAGGCCUAGAAUCGCAGAACUUUCUUUGUAUGGACUGGAAAGGUGCUCUCUACGCGACUUCAGCUUCCGAAUACUCUUCAGAAUGCGUUUUCACAGAAGAAAUGUUGGAGAACUACUACAACUUGUACUCGUCUUGUGCGUAUGGUACUCCGCGUCAUCCUUGGUACUUGUCGAUACGAAAGAGCGGAAAAUCACGGCGAGGGAAUCACGCUAGGAAACGGCAACGUUCUUCCCAUUUCAUCGUUGUUCACUUCGACGAAACUGGGAUUCUGGAUCCAGUACCAGGCCAUUUGAACCGAGCAGUCUACAAUAUUCAGAACAACUGGUACACUAACUAUGGUACCAAACGUUCUUCAAAACAGCACGUUUACGCUCCAGCAGCACUAUUGAAUUCGGAGAGACGAACACUGUCAGAGCUACUGAGUAAUUCGUUAAGAAGCAACUCGCUGAGGCUUCAAAAGAACAAUAGGCUACACAAGGACAAGAAUAGACUUCAGAAGGCCAGGAACUCGACGAUGCUGAAGGAGAAUAUUCAGAAGAAAGUAUCUAAGAAUCAGGAGACGAUGAGUGAAGCAGAGAAGAGAGUGUUUAGACAAGAAAGGAAAAGAAGAAGAAGGCUACAUCGUGAGGAAAGGCUGAGGCAAUUGAGAAGGCAGAAGCUACAGAAAAUGAGGAAUGAAGCGGCCGAACUUCAAAGACAGAACAACGUUUAA